GCACUAUACGCAUUUACACAUAUACAUAGUAUUUAUUAUGUCUACAUAAUAUCAGUAUUUUUGCAAGAAAGUCUAUCUAUCUAUCUAUCUAUCUAUCUAUCUAUCUAUCUAUCUAUCUAUCUCUCAUGAAAUUAAACCCCAAGAUAAAAAGUUCUCGCAUAAGAAGUUCUCUCAUAACAGUUAACCAUAAUAUUAACUACGAUUUGAAACACUCCAUUGUAAAUUAUAAAUGUAUAUUUUGCCUGUUCACAAAGGCCAGCAUAUAUGGAGAUGAGCCGACCAGAACAAACCCUGGCCACUUUGCUAGAGAAGGCAUUCAGGAUCAAAGAAGAUGUGGUCAGCAGUCUGCAUGCCACACAGGGAUCUGUUUUGAUGGAGGCAUCUGCAAGGAAACUACUAGAAAACCACAUACAUAUCAUCACAAAUAUUGUCAAACACCUCAGCAAGGACAUUCAGGUGCUGGAGGCUCAGAUUGUUCAGAGGGACAGUAUAGCAUCAGGGACAACUUUUGCAGUUCAAAGCCUGGAUCACAAGAACUUGGCUGUGGUUGGAGAUCUUCGGGGUAGAGUGGCCAGGUGUGAUGCCACUAUAGCCAAGCUGUCUGUGGAUGUUACGGCUAGAGGACAGGAAAUCCUGACGCUCCAGCAGGAAGUCACUGAGAUGCAUUCUGUAAUUGAGCUCAGACUCAGAGACUUGGAGCUCAAGAUUUCAGAGUCUUUGGGAAGGUUGGAGACAUCACAGUCAGAGCAGAUUGUGUCCCAGAAGAAUACUACAAGAGACAUACAGAGAGACAUGCAACAGCUUGAAAUAAGGACAUCCCAUGGAUUGAGGAAGCUGGAGGAAGAAGCAACCAGGUUCAGGAAAUGGACAGAAGAGCAGCUGAGCAACACGGCCCAAACGCAAACACAAAACAGGCAACAGCUGCACACACUGCUGCAGGACAGAAUGGUGGAGGUGGAGGAGAAGCUGAAAGCACAAGUAGAUCUCAUUUCGACUCAGCUGGGCCGUGUGGAGAAGCAGUUGGAAAAGGAGCGUUCUGUAGAUCGGGCAAAACAAACGGAGAGCAAAAUGAACACCAGAAUUCAGUCUUUGGAGAACAGUUUCCAAGCUGAACUGGAGCAGAUGAGAAGGGAGUAUCAGUCAGGUUUCCAGUUGGUUCAUGAUGCCAUCGCUUCCCUCAGACACAUUGGCGACACCAAGGCCAAACUAGACAAAGGAGAACUGAAGAAAGACAUCAGGCAGAUUCGGAGGAUGGUGGUGGGACAGACAGAUGCCUGAGCUAUACAGAAAACAAGAGAAGGUGAAUGGGGAACAUUCCGGAUCAGAUUGCUUUUAAACCAACAUGGUCAACACUCGUGAUGUCUUUUUAAUGAAUGAUCAUUCGUUUGAU